GUGUGUUGUAAAGUGGGGGAGCUCGACGGAGCAAACACGCAGUCGGCUUUGCGCAUAAUUACAGUGGCAUUUACGGUAGCUACGAGAGUCUGAGUAGUAGAAACGAGAGCUCCGAGCAGGCUAACCCAGAGAUUGAGCAAGGAAGAGGGAGAAAGACCAACAGCCUAGUGAGUGUUCAGAGAGUGAACGUACGAGAGGGGGCGAGUAUACAACGCAAAAAUAGUGACCAAAAGAGUAGGUGAACUAGCGAGAGGGAAAGGAGGAGGAAGGAAAGGCCAGCGAUAACUAGCUUGCUAGCUAUUUUGCUGUCUCGACAACUGAAAGGAAAGAGUGUCUCUCCAACAACCGGAAUAAACAUAGGAAAUAUAUCCUUUCGGAAUGGCCCCGGAGGAGCUGUACGAGGUAGAAAAAAUAGUUGACAAGAGGAAAAACAAAAAGGGGAGGGUGGAGUACUUGGUGCACUGGAGAGGCUUCGGGUUCGAGGACGAUACCUGGGAGCCAGAGACGCACCUGGCCAACUGCGUGGAGUUCAUCCAUGAGUACAACCGUCUGAACAGCGACCGCCGGGUCGGCACCUUCCUACGUUCCACACGCAGCUCCCCUAGCUAUGGGCACGGCACGGCUAACAACGCCCGCAAGCAGAUCUGCCGGCCGCUGUCACACACCAGCGGGAACGCUCUGCCGAAGGUAGUCGGCCCCUCCGCCGUUACCGCCGGCAUGCCCGCCGUAGCUAAGCGACAACAGCUGUCGCUCGGCCCCAGGGACACAGACACUAAAGCGGACCCUCAGCUGCUUCUCUCCAGCCAAAAGUACAAAGUACGCGCCAACAACAGCAGCGGCAUCGUCGCGGGAAUGGCGGUCGCCCACCCCAUAGGUACCGGGCGGAGGAGUAUGGAACUGACCAAGUCCAGGAUUAAAAUUCUGGUGCCCAAGAGCCCCAUGAAGAGCCGGACGGAGGUGGAGGAGUCCCCCAGCGAGGCGGCCCACAGCCUGGAGACGGCCGAGCAGGGGCCGGACUCCGUACCCCCCGAGGUGGCCCUGCUAGAGAAGCCCCCAGGGGCCCUUCUGGGGCCUGGGGAUGAGAGGGCACGCAUGGGGACCCGCCCAAGGAUGCAGACCAUCCUUCCGCCUCCGCAGGUCCCCAUCACGCCAGCUGCUGUGCUCACUCUCAACGGCAAAGGGACAGGCACAUUGAUGGAAGCCCUGGUAGCCAACGGGACCGCUAGCCUGCAGAGUGCAGUGGGCAGUGUCUCUGGGGUGCCCGGGAAGCGGCGCUUCGAGGAGCGCUCGACCUUCGACAAGCGGCUGCGCUUCAGCGUACGGCAGACGGAGAGCGCGUACCGCUACCGGGACAUCGUGGUGAAGAAGCAGGACGGCUUCACGCACAUCCUGCUCUCUACCAAGACCUCUGAGAACAACUCCCUCAACCCUGAUGUGAUGAAGGAGGUGCAAAGUGCACUGGCCACGGCGGCGUCGGAUGACAGUAAACUGGUUUUGCUGAGCGCGGUGGGCAGCGUCUUCUGCUUCGGCCUGGACUUCAUCUACUUCAUCCGCCGGCUCACCGACGACAGGAAGAAAGAAAGCGUCAAGAUGGCGGACUCCAUUAGGACGUUUGUGAACACCUUCAUCCAGUUCAAGAAGCCCAUCAUCGUGGCUGUGAACGGCCCGGCGGUGGGCCUGGGGGCCUCCAUCCUGCCGCUGUGUGACGUGGUCUGGGCCAACGAGAAGGCCUGGUUCCAGACACCCUACACCACCUUCGGACAGACGCCCGACGCCUGCUCCUCGCUCACCUUUCAGCGCGUCAUGGGCGUGGUCUCCGCCAACGAGAUGCUGCUGAGCGGGCGCAAGCUGACGGCCCAGGAGGCCUGCGCCAAGGGCCUGGUGUCCCAGGUGUUCUGGCCGGGGACGUUCACUCAGGAGGUGAUGGUGCGCAUUAGGGAGCUUGUCUCUUGUAAUUCAGUUGUUCUGCGGGAGUCCAAAGCCUUGGUGUGCAGCACCGGCAGGGCUGCCCUAGAGCAGGCCAACGAGCGGGAGUGCGAGGUCCUGAAGAGGGUUUGGGGAUCGCCGCAAGGCAUGGACUCCAUCUUGAAGUACCUACAGAAGAAGAUCGACGAGUUCUAGGCACUCGUCGUUGUUCCUUGGCGAACGAGCACGGCAACACCUACGCACUCACGCAAGCCUGGAGGAAGCCCGGCUUCCCUGGAAGAUUGGACCCUGUGCGAAACUGUAUGAAUAUACGUCUCUGCGUGUUGCAUGUAGAUCCUUUCCCGGGUCUACUGGACAACUUGUGUUGAAACGGAUGUAUGAAGUCGGGAGGUAUGGCAACGGGGGGUGUACUUUGGAACGCGUUUGACUGCUCAGAACUGAUCGGCGUCCCUGUUUCUGUUCCACAGCUCCACCUCUGUGUCUCAUGAGCUUUACUUAAACACGAUGACCUGCUGUGGUGGCCCCGCCCAGCAAAAUUGAAGUGUGCCACUAUUUGGAGGGGACAGGCUAAAAGUGUCUUGGCCAAAUAAGGUUCUGUGUAUAUAUACAGUAUAUUCAAUUAAGAUAAACAAGCCUUAUUGAUAAUGUUCAUAUUGUACAAACCUGUAGACAAGUAAUAUGUAAAAUUUGUUGGUAACAAUGACUGGCCGCGGAGGCCGUGAAGGAAGCCGAGCUGCCAGACUGUCGCUAUGGCAGCAGAAGGCUUUGAAGAAGAAAUUGAGCUCAAUAUCUACACUGGCACAUCCAUUGGAGUUGACUUGGUGAACUUUUCCAGACAAGCAUUUUUCUUUCUUCCACGCAUGAAGAUGCUCGUAGCAGAACUCCACACAUCACCUAUGGCAGUAUUAGAGCUAAUCAAGACAAAUACAUCUGGUUUGCUAAACCUGGGAACAUUUUUUUCAAGUUCAAUAAUUUGUGGUCAAAUUUUUUUUUUUUUCUCGUGGGUUACAACAUGCUCAUUUACAAGAAUGAAAACUGCAGAGGUGUGUGUUGAGUGAGUGAGUGCGCACAAUUUAUCUAUUAUUUUUAGACUGACUAGCUUAUGCCAAAUAUUUAGUAUUGUUAAGCGAAAUGUGGUUUUGGUUCACUGUAUUCUAAAUAUUCUAAUUUAAUAAGUUAAAAGCCUAAAAAAGCCUUCAAAGAAAAGUGAGCCAAAGGAGAAUAUUCCUUUGCUUUUUGAUAUAAAGAAUUUUUUGUUUGUACUGUCUUAGCGAGGGUUGCAAAUGAUUGAGCAAGGUUCAAAGUGAGGCAGUCUGCCAGGGUAUCCCAGUGUGCAAUGUGCAUAUUGGUUUUUGUUUAAUCCUGGCUCCUGUCAUGUUUGAUCAAAUCUUCAGCAUUUUUCCAAACAUUUAUGGAGUCCCUCACGAAAAGUGCACCUUGCUCACACUUGUGUUUUAGAGACCUGUGUCUAAGCAACUGUAACCAACACCUCAAAACCAGCUGACAUGAUGGGCCUUGCCAAGGAGUAGAACACACUGCCCCACUACACUAAGGUCAAAUUGAACAUUUUAUUUGUUUUUCUGUUAAUGACAACACUACAUUGUCUAAUAUAUUGUGUAACAGAGUAGUAAGCAAAGAAAGCCUGAUGUGACCCAUUUCAUGUUAUUUACAAAUGUUUGCUCUCUAAAUAGGUACUUUUUAUAUUGAAAUUUGCCCGAACAUAAUAAAUGGACAGUGACACAUUUUUGUUAUUUUGGUUCAGUAUUAUAGCACUUUGAGUUUGAAAGGAUACAAUGACAUAAUUUGUGGAUAACUUCAUCCAUAUCAGAUGAAACUUUUAGAAAUUAUGGAACCUUUUGCACUUUGUCUUUUUGCAUGAUGAAGUGCCAUCCAAUAAGUUUUAUCUGCUGAUAAAAUAUUUCUGUAGACUCCAGAAUUCAAUGUUCUACUUCUGUCUGCAGUCACAUCAUCGAUGAAGACAAGUGAGCUCGUUCCAGUGGCAGCCAUACAGGCCCAAGCCAUAACACGAAUGAUGUGGUUUGCGUUGGAUUAUGGGCAUUUCCUUUUUUUCAUCCACAUGUUCCUCUUUCAAUCACUCUGGUACAUGUUAAUCUUCCUUGUCUCAUUUGUCCACAAGACUUUGUUCCAGAACUCUUGGGGAUCUUUUAGGUGCUUUUUAGCAAACCGUAAUCUCGCCUUUCUGUUCUUCAGGCUUAUUAGUGCUUUGCAUCUUGUAGUGUACUCUCUAUAGUCCUGCUGGUGUAGUCUUCUACAUAUGAUCGACUUUGACACAUCUACACCUGCGUCCAGCCAUUAUCAGGGGUUUUCCUCACCAUAGUGUUCUUCGGUCAUCCACUACGGUGUUCUUCCUUUGUCUACCAGGUCUUUUGCCAGAAUUGAGUUCACUAGUUUUUUUUUGUUAAUAAUGAACCAAACUGUUAACUUGGGCAUGCCCAGGGUUUUUGCAAUGUUCCUGAUGGAUUGUUCUUCAUUUCUGAACCUUAUGAUGGCCAGCUUAAUUUGCAUUGAAAGAUGUCUUCCUCAUGUUGUCACACACCGACAACAAUCUCCAAAGGCAAUUGCAAAGUCUAGAAUCAAGACUAGAUAUUACCAGGUCUCUUCUGCAUUCACUAACAACACAAAUGAAACAUAUCUGUAAAGCCAAUUCAACAAAUACUUGUAGUCCUAUAAAAUGGGGGGACCAUGUACAAAAGGUGCUGUCAUUUCUCAACCCAAAGCUGAGUCUGUAUUUGAAUCUCAUUGUCAUCAUAUCCUUUCAAACUCAUAAAAUGCUAGAGUAUGGAACCAAAAUAACCAAAAAAUGUGUCACUGUUCAAUGAAUUAUGGUUCCCGCUGUAAAAGUGAUUUGCUGGAAAUUUUGUCAAGGGGACUGGCCUGAAACCUGAGGUGGCUGCUAACUGAAGUGAAAAAUGGGACCGUUGGACUGUUGGAGUUAAUACUGUGGUCUUCCUCAUAGGGUGAAUUGCAAUAUGAGAUGUGGGACUAAACUGUCCAUUAAAAAUUAACAACAGAAAAAGUUAAUCUAUUAUCCCUUAUGAAGUUUUUGCUCCAGGUCUAAGCAUUGCGUUCCCUCUGUUACAUGAAUCACCACAAACAAAAUUAACUCCUGAUGAAUUCUCAAAACAGGCACAUCCCAACAUUCUCUGUGGUCCUGCUCUCACAAUUUGUGGUCAACUUAAAUCUGAUGUUGAGAAAUGUGAAUUCUGAAGGUGCGAUCAGGAUUCUGGGUCUAGCUGUGAAGAUUCAGUCCAUUCGAGCUUAAAAUUCCCAUUUCUUUCUGGGAGCCAUUUUGUGUACUCUAUACUGCUGCUCUUACGGCCGCAAAUGUGCCAUAAUGAGACAUGAAAUACGUUAAAUGUGAUUGACCAUGCUCCCUUCAGGUAUCCUGGAGGAUGCAGUGAAAUGAGGUUUAUAAAGAAAUGAAAUAGAUACAGGCAUUCCCUGUAGUGCAGUCGCACAUACUAGUUAAUGACCACAGCCUCAGGAGCAAGUCUACACAUACAACUUAGUGAAAGCUCUCCUUAGACCAACUGUUGACUCACUAAAAUGAACUGCAGGUGUAACCAAUUUUGGUUACAUGUCAAAUGCCUCAGUUUGGCAAGUCAUCUCACAAUUAGUAGCACAUGGUUGUCACCUUUUCUCUACUGUAUUCAAACUGGAAAAUUGUUCAUGUAAAGAUAACCACAUUUGUAACAGACUUUGCAGAGGUGUAUUUUUAAUGUCCUUGAAAGAAGAAAUGCCAAAAUGUCAUAUUGAGCCGUUGUUGCUGAUGGUAUUCCAAGGGGUUUAUGUUACAUAAGCUUUUCUCUUGGAAUUGCAUCUUAUUUUUGUACAGAAAAACUGGCUGACCCCCUCAGACAACUGCCAACAGCUGAAUCACCCCCCUAAGAGAACUGAACUGUGUAUAUACCUGCUUUUAGUUUGAACUCUAGGUACAGUAUUUUUACAUCUGUGGGACCCAUUUUAUGUUGUAGUCUAUGAACUAUAUAUAUUAUAAAAUCUGUAAAGUUUUUAUAGAUUGAUAACAUAUAUUCCGCUGUGAAAAAUGGUAAAUAAAAUGGGUUUUGUACAUCA